UUCGAUAUCAUACUAAUCAGUGAUUCUCUAUAGCGUAGAGCCAAUCGUACACUCUCGGAAAUAAUUACAUCGUCUUUGCUGAAAAAAUAUUAUAAGUAAUCAACGUAUCUGGAGUUCAUAAGAAAGAUUUUAGACAUUAACUGAUGAAUGAAUAUCUGUAUGUAGAGGAAACUCCAUUAUAAUGUGUAAGAAAGUGACAACACUUUGGUCAAAUGCCACACACUUUGAUAACAACAUUUAACACUUCAUAAAAAGGAAAAAAAAGUGUUUCAUUUUAAUUGGAUUACUCACAAGUGUAUAAAAGUUUACAAAAUUCUUCUUCUUAAAAAAAAUAAAAACCAAACACGGAUUUAAGAAAACGGAAAUAAUAAUGUCCGACUUAUCAACCGUAAGUAGUAACUUUACUGACGCUUGUUUAUGUAUGUACAAUGAUUCAGCAACUUUUCUCAACAAUUCUUGUUGUCAAUUCAUGGACACUAAGCCAGCAGAAGAUAAACUGAGAAAAAUUAUCGUUCCAAUUAUCUUUGUGUUGUUUAUGAUAGUUGGUGUUACCGGAAACGGAACUUUGGUGUACAUCGUCCUUCGUAACAAAUUACUACGCAAUGUUCCGAACACUUUGAUAGUUAAUUUAUCAAUUGGAGACCUUCUGUUGUUGAUAUUUUCAGUUCCGUAUAUGGCCAUUGUGUUUGGAACAAAAGAAUAUCCGUUCAAUGCAUUUUUCUGUAAAUUAAAUGCUUAUCUACAAACACUGAGCCUAGGAGUUUCCAUCUUUACACUUACGGCACUCAGUUAUGAUCGUUACGUGGCAAUAGUCCACCCAAUGAGUAAACACAAAGGGAAACCGAGUCUCAAAAUAGCCGUUGUUGUGAUUGUUAUUUGGGUUGCCUCUGCACUUAUCGCUAUAUCCGAUGCCGUCAGUUACACACUGGUCAUCCAACCUGGUGGUCUCACGUUUUGUCACGAAGUUCCAUAUAAUGAUUAUGGUGUCUCUUUCCUCAGAGUAAGAAAUUUAAUUCGUCUAUUUAUAUUAUUCAUUAUUCCAUUAUUUAUUAUCGGCUGCUUUUAUAUUUUAAUGGCAAGAAUUUUAGUGAAAAGCAGUCGACAGUUGCCAUGCGAAGCUACUUUAGGACAAGGGAUGAACACUCAACAGCAACGUCAAAUCGAGGCUAGAUUUAAGGUAGCCAAAGUUGUGUUGUCGUUUGUUGUUUUAUUUGUAAUCUGUUGGUUACCACGUCACAUUUAUGUUUUGUGGUACGCGUACGAUGAAGAAGGAUUCACAGAGUUUUGGAUGAUCUUCAAAGUUGUCAGUAUUUGUUUUAUGUAUGCUUACUCAUGUGUGAACCCGUAUGCUUUAUAUUUCCUCAGCAGUCAGUUCCGGAAGUACUAUAACCGGUAUUUAUUCCGUUGCUGUAUUCGAUCCCGAUAUAGAACACGUGACUCUACUUCUGCCCUGACAAACUUUAAUAGCACCGUCCGCCGCGGAAGCACAUCAAUGACUAUGGUGAAAUCUAAUUCGGAAUUCUGACUAGAAAUGUGCUUGCUGUACCAUGAUUACGGCAAAUCACCAAGGGAAUCAAACAAACGCCUAAAAACUAGGAAGGCUUGAGAGUUUGUUUCAUUUAAGCGAGACAACUCGUACUGAUCAAACGGAGUUAUAUCCACUUAAUAAAAACACAAAAUAUUAGGGAUUAGCAAUAAAGUAAAAGAGGAAUCUUCAUCAAAUCAAUGAGACAAUCAGUUGAGAAUUCAGUGUACAUGGAUUCCACUAUCCCCUCGAACCUGCCGUGGGGUGCUCUGGAUGAAGAAGGAAUCUAUCAGUACAUUCUCAGAAACAAUACUCUGUGAAUGUAUAUUUAGUAUUAUACAAAGGUUAAGUUCUAUUUAACCUAUAAGAUAUGACAGUUAGCAUUUAAUAGUUAACAGUAAAACUCUUCAGAUGCAAAAGAACUGCCAUUAAAACUCUCUUUUAUAUCGAGAGAUAGUAAUUUCAUCGCAUAUGAACUUGAAGGAAGAAAUGAUUUAUUUAAAUGGAACAAUAAAACAUGCAUAUUACUAGUUUAACAAGAAACAGACAGCUAAUUGAAAAAUUCUUAACGUAAUACAGGCUUGUUAUAUACGAAGCGAAACCGAGUAAAUUACCCGAUUGACUAUUACACAUUCGUUGCAACGUAUACUUAUAUCGUAUCAGAACACUUGAGAAGAGUAUAUUCAUGUCAGUGGAAUUCAUCACAUGUAAUUGAUGGAUGGGUUGCAAUAGCACAGAACUACUAGAAAAUAACAGUGUAACAUUCCUUCCAUCAUCUGUCGUUCAAAUCAAUGGUAUAAUUAAACUGAGUGUAAAACAUUCUUGACAUCCACUCAAGCUAAUUAUAAAGUUAUGGACGUGUUCCAGUAAGUAGUAAUAUGUUAGUACCGGUGUAUUAUAUAUGUAUAUUUAUGUUACUGAGUACUGGGAAAUAAAUGUUUUACCAGUUG